AUGCUGCGCAAUGCUCGAUCUCUCGGUGUGAAUGUGGCGGCGCUAACGUCUUUAACAGGUUUAGCAGUCGGAGAAGUAGCUCAGCAAUAUCAUGACAGGAAUACAGGUUUUUAUGCAAAGCAGCGGCUUCAGCAAUGGCGCGACACCUUCGAAAGUGAGAAAACAAGUGACGAAUCAGAUUCAAAACCAACGGGAGCGUCUGCUUGGCUGGGUAAUGCACCACCAAAGUUCCCAUAUUUGCUAUCAAUCUCAGCUGGUGAUGAUCCUGUAAUUGUUACAAACAAACUUUUAGGAGGUGCAAAGGUGCUGGGGUCUUACGAAGAACGAACUUGUGAUACUCUCAAGAGACUCACUGCACCAACUUCAGCACUGGGACGUGCAGCUCACAGAAUUGCAAUUCGAUACGCGGCGUUAAAAAGUUAUUUUCGUGGAAAUCUUCCAGUGGAUUUUCAUCCUCGUGGUGGGGUGAAAGCUGAAGCAGAAGGUGUCAUGAUGGAUGCGCUACUAGUUGCGCUACGAGACUUGCAACACUGUGACCAGCAGAGUAAGGAUUAUAAUGACGAAAACGACGUAAACGCGUCGGCGAAUCCCCAAACCAGUCAAGCAACUGUCCAUCUGGUGUUUUUUUUGCGGGACUUUAAUCUGCUUAAUGACCGGGACGCUGAAAGGUGGCUUUGCUGGACACAUCAAGUCUCGAGCGAAGGCUUAGCUCACGUGGUACUUUCAACAACCGCAACAGUAACACCUUCCAAGGCACAGUGGCUACGGACACGGCAUCAGAUUGGGCUGAGCACUGCUGCUUUGGACGACACCCAGAAUUUUGUUGGUAUAUUGCUGCGUCCCGCUAAUGGUCUAGUGGAUGAUACAUCCGCAGAGGAAAAGCUACGCGAGAUAGCGAAAUCGUACAACUUACGUUUGGAUUUGCAUCCUGCCUUGACAGCAAGUGUCGAUAGCCAAGGUGAUAUAAAUACGACAGACAGUAAACAUGAUGCAGAGAUUGAGGCUAUUGUGAAGACAACUGGGAAUUGGUGGAGCGAUAUUGACAUGAUUUGUCGGCGUCUAAAGGAAAACAACGCAAAUGCCGUGACGCUCCCUGAAGAGCGGCUAGCGAUGAUUCACAAGGUGUGCAACGACUUUGUACAAGACAUAGAAGUUGUGCUGCUGGCAUCAUUGCACUUGGAUGGAAGCCUUCAGCUCCCUUAUAAAAUCGCCACAAGCGAUACAUUCAAAGCAUCGGGCUCAAAAGAUUCAGAGGCUCUCCCACAACAACUUCUUGGCCCGAAAGACAAGGCGCCCCGCGACUGUGUGAGCCCGGUGAAUGCACUUCUGCCAUUUCACUACCGCAAGGAUGGUGAACAAAAGUUUCUGGAUUUGAUAGAUCAACAACUGUUAUUUUUGCGACCAAAGGAUGUUGUCGAGAUCGGAGUGAUUCCAUGCAAGACAGCUGCAUUAGUCUCCACAUGCUGGGUUCAGAUUCGUCCUGUCGUCAAGAAGGCUUUUGAAAAGAUACACAAAAGCGAUACGUACUUUAGAGCCAUGUUAGAUAUCGAUCGCUUUGCUGCCAAUAUCGAGAUGCAAAAAGAGAUCGAACAGUACGAGCAAGAGAUUGCUGAGCGGCGAGAGGCCUUAUUCGGUAUGAAGCGCGACUUUACAAUACUGCAGUUUUCGAUGACUCUUGCGGAGAAGGCAAAUCGAAAGGCCGAGCUUGCGCUUAUUGACGUGGAGCUUCAGGCCAAAGAUGUAUAUCUGGAAAAACUUCGUUCAUUACAGCCUUGGUGA